UACACCUUGUAUAUGGACUUGGGAAAAGGACUCGACUACAUGUGGCGUUGUACAAAUUGGUAACAGACUCGGAGCCUUUCCCCAAGGUCACUAGAAGAAGUUCUUCUUACCCGACCUUAAGCAUAUUCUCUGAUUGAACAUCUGGUUCUGAGCCGAAUUCACCCCAAAAUACGCGAUGAAAGAUUCUGACGAGAUCAACAACUAUUAAAAGGGUAAACUGUUAUACACUUCAAUAACCGAAGAUAUUCAGUGCAACUCUAACUCACCUGUCAGAAUACAAGAGUUUUGAAAAGAAAAGAGAGAGAGAAAAAAAUGUAAACUGCCGGCCGUGGGCGACAAUAGGAUUGCAGGGGGAUGCUCUCAUCUGCAGCUAUGCUCAUGCCCUUUCCUUGUACGGGACCUUCCCUGCAUUCUCACUCUAGAUUCAGUCUGCAUGUUUAAGCAUGCCCCAGAUUGCCUCCUGGGGGUCAACGAAGGUCCAAGGGGGACCAUCAGGACCCUGGCUUGUUUAAUGUGAUUGAGCAGGCCAAGAACCUUCGUUCGUACAGUCACUAGACGUGACUGGAGAGGAGAAAAUAUACGUGUACACAUGUACAGUACAUGAACAUGUAACCAUGUACAUGUCUAUUCAGGAACUGCUGAGGCACUCUGCUCACAGAGCUCGGACAGUGAGGGUACAAAGGCGCGGCCUAUCUCCAAACACUAAAAAAAAUGGAAGUUUUUACCGUGAGCAACUUUCUGAUCCUGAUUCUACUUCUUGAAACAGCGAAUGGUCUCCCCUGCAACGGGCCCAAAGGGCCGUUAUGCCUACAACCGCGCUGCAUCCAGACUACCGCCGACAUUCUGCGUGUGAUGGAUCUGGACGCCGACCCGUGCCAGGAUUUCUACCAGUUCGCCUGUGGUAAUUUUGCCAAGGUGUCGGAGAUUCCCGAAGGCGAGACCAGAUGGACGCCCAUUCGGCAAACUCAACAUCGGAAUCACAAACUUGUGCAGAAGUUCCUGGAGCAAGAUGGCUACGAUUACAAAGGAGUUAGAAGCGAGGCUCUGGUGAAGGCCAAGACCUAUUUUCAGACUUGCAUGAACCAGACAUUCAAAGCGGAGAAUGGUUUCGACCCACUGUUGCAACUCAUAGAUUCCGUCGGUGUAUGGAAUCUCCUGCAGGAACGCGGCAGCGCCGUUGAGGGCGACAUUUCCCGUCUCACCUAUCGGUUGGCCGAGCUGUACAAGAUUGGCAUCCAGCUGCUGUUUGCCAUGGACAUCGGCCCAGACGACAAAAACUCCAGUCUGAAUAUCGUCAAAUUUCAGCAAUACGGCCUGAGCCUCCACCAACCUAGGUAUUACGAGGAAUCAAAACGUGCAGUGCUCGACGCUUUUGUUGACCUAGGCGUCACGAUGAUGACCUUGCUCCGUGACCCCCGCAGUCCCAGGGAACUUGUCGAGACACGGGUGGACGCGAGGUCCCGGAUGGAGGACAUUGUGGAGUUCGAGAGAGCAAUGAGCAGGUUAUUUGUCCCGUUCCCAAAACUGCAAGAUCCUCUCACCAUUUACAACAAGAUGUCCCUGCAGAAAUUUGCGGACAUGAUGCCGGACUUCGAUCUGCUGGGCUACGUGAGGCGUGCUUUCGGCCGGGAUAUAGGCAGCGAUCGGGAAGUCCUGGUCUACACCCCAGCCUACUUCCGGAAGCUGAAUGACCUGCUCAGAGACACUCCGGACAGGGUACUGGAAGAUUACAGCUUGCUCUUCAUGACGGGGAGUUACAUCAAGUACCUCCCUGAACCAUUUCAGGACGCACAUAAGAAGUACAUCAACGUGCUUACGGGGGCCACCAAGCGGCCGACGCUCCUCGACCAGUGCUUGAAGGAGGUCGACCGAACGUUUGGUUAUGUGACGGGCGCCCUCUUUGUUGAGGAGAAGUUCUCCGAGGCUGCAAAGCGAAAGACAGAGGAGAUACUGGGAUACAUACGGACUGCCUUCCUUGAGAACUUACCACGGGUUCGCUGGUUGGACAAGAAGGCUAAGGUCAUUACUGGGGAGAAGGCUAGAGCCAUGAUCGUGAAGAUUGGCUUUCCAGACUGGAUUCUGGACCCAGCACAGUUGGAUAAACACUUCGAAAAUCUCUAUGUAUCAGCGGAUAACGCUCUUCAAAAUCAAGCUAACUACAAACGUUUCUUACUUGUAAACGUCUCAAAAAGUCUCGAUUUUCCGGUGGACAAGAGCAGAUGGGACGUCAGCCCAGGUAAGGUGAACGCAUAUUACGACUAUUCGCGCAACGAGCUGGUGUUUCCUGCCGGCAUUCUGCAACCACCGUUCUUCAGCAAUGAUCUGCCGGCGUCCAUGGAUUUUGGAGCAAUAGGAAUGAUCAUGGCUCACGAGCUGGUUCACGGCUUUGACUCGCAGGGAAGACUCUACGAUAAAGACGGACUCCUCAACAGCUGGUUGUGGGGAGAGGCAGCCUACAAGGAGAAAACGGAUUGCCUCGUACGACAAUUUUCACAGUACGCAAUAGAUGGGCAAAAUAUAAACGGGGAAACCACUCUGUAUGAGAAUUUCGCAGACAACGGCGGACUAAAGAUCGCCUACCUGGCCUUUCAGAGAUGGCAGGGGAACAGAGCAGACGAUCUGUCACUGCCGCUGAACUUGACGGCAUCCCAGGAAUUCUUCCUGGGAAUGGGCCAAGCCUGGUGCAGUUACUACACACCAGAAGCCGCUAAGAUCUACUUAGAAAGGGACAGCCAUUCGCCCGAGAAGUACAGGGUCAUCGGGUCGUUGUCAAACCUGCCAGCAUUCAGUGAGGCGUUCCAAUGUCCCAUCGGAAGUCCCAUGAAUCCUGCCGUGAAGUGUGAGGUGUGGUGAUUCCCGUGUGGUGAGCGAGCGGCCAUAUUUACCAGCCACUUCGAACAGCAUUUAAUUAAUUACAGCUAUAAGUGCAUUUCUGAUUCGCUGUUAUUUUGACACUGUUUACAUUCCAGCACUUGUAGAUGAUAUUUUCGUUUUCAAGUAUGUUUUGCUUUUAUUUGAUUAAAUUCAAAAACGAAAGUUUGCUGGACACCUGUAUUCUUAGGACGUGUUGAAAAAAGGUUUGUAUUUUUUUAAUUUGAUGUAAACUCGUGUGCCCCACAUGUGCGACACUUUUGAAGACAAAAACUUUUGAAGGUAUAAACACUUUGCGUCAUAAUUAACAGCAUCAUCAUUAGUAUUAAUAUUCAUCAGAAUUGGAAUUUGAACAAAACAAGGAAUACUAAGACGUCAGUGGAAAAUUUUUACCCAUUGGAACAAACCUACAAAUCCAACUAUUUCUGUCCAUAUGGAUUGGAGUAGUAAGACAAGUGUUUAUUUAAUUUUGUUUCAAAAACCCUCAAAAUAAUAUUCGGUGUAAGAAAAAAAGGGAAAGCCUAGCUCACAUGACAGCAUACAAGAUGUCGAGACGCAAACAGUGGCGGAUGAUUAACGUGCAUGACGUCACUCCAUCCAAACCAAACACAUCAUGCUGUCCGAAACUCCCAACGUUUUAUUAUAGCAUGCCUUCCUAGUGGUUGUACCAGGUUUGAGAACCAAACUGGUAAACUCCAGUUCAAUGGUCUUCGUUUUAGAGGCUGAUGCUUUGAUGACAAUAAUUGGACUGCCAUGUUUUAGUCGGAACCAGGAGAAAUGGGCAAAAAUUUGGUACUGAUACAAAGAGAGAGAGGGGGAGAGACAUUACAAUCGUGUUUGUGUGGUCCUACUCUGGCGAUUCACACUGAGAAUCAGCACAGUUGAACACGAUUCAGUUUUUAUUGACUUUCUCGUCUGUGGUUGUGUCAGUCGCGGUAAAAAGCGUCCGCGUGUGUUUGUGUCCCAUUACAUCGAUGUGUCCAUUUACAUCGAUAUGGAAUACAACUUGGUCGCGUGAUUUACCGUUUGUCUCCAAACUUUACUCUGUGCAUGUGGCCUCGACUCGAUAAGGGGGAUUGUGACUGUCGAUGCCGAUGACCAUGUGCCCUACCAUAAUCAGGACAUUUACGGCUUCACUUUUCGCUGUCCACGUGCAAGUUUGAUAAGGGGUAGCCUAAAAUAUAAGAUGUGGCAUAUCGAUCUACUGCCUCUAGCCUGGGCCUCAGAAGACUGCGUUCAUCAGGAAAGGGCUACUGACUGACAUUUUACAAAGGUUCUAAGGGUUCAAAAGGGGGAAAUGGGGAGGAUACACUCCUCCUGAAUUGUUUGACUGAAGAAACUACCAUAAUGGGAUGCAUGACUCGCAUUAUGACAUUCAAACUGUACACAUGACGGACAUGAAGAUGGCUUGGCGCUGUUCCGCAAAAAACAAAAGAAAAAAAAAAGAUGCAUUACGUUUGCGGUACGUACGGUGGCUAAUAGGAUUUUUGAAAACCGCCGGAUAUCAGAAAGCUCCACAUAGGACUCAGAUGUCACCUGCUCCCCUCACUCUACUCCGUCACAUGACAGAGAAUGCCGAAACUUGUAAUAAACUUGUGCUGCCGGUAGUGAAAAUUGGAGACACAGAAAACGAUUGCGCACACAGAGUGGUCUCCGAUUCAAACUACAUGAUUGAAACAUCAAGUGGCUUAAAUUGACACUUUUCUUGUGAGACAACAGCACCAACCACAGUGUCAAUGUUGUUGGUCACCACCAUCGCCCUCCUUCGAUUUCUAAAGGACAUUUUUUUAUCAGUCUAAUGCGCCGAAAAACAUGUACGCCCUCCCUGGAGGGAGUCGUUGUAUUUGAAUGAGGAAUGUGGUAGCAAUCGAAUCACAUGAGAUUUUCAGACCGUUCAUGUUGUGAAUUCGGUCAGGGUUCAAUAUCCCCAUGACUGUUUGACACUUUCAGUGGACUCAGUCGAUUCAGUGGAGACAUCAUAUCGUCAUAUAAAAGCAGUGUCGCGUUACAUUCCUUCUCUUUGGCUGUGCAAAUUUUAUCAUAUAAAAAUACAUACGGCAACUGUAGAAAUAAAAACAAUUCUCUAUAUGUAAACAAAC